CAAUGGUCCUAUGUAAAGUUCUUAUGACAUUAAAAGCGACCGUGCUGCUAGCGCAGGUAGAAGAGCUUCUCACAGUUACUCAUUUGGAGAGUCCCACUGACUCGCUGCCAUGGAGGUGAACGGCACAGCCAACAUUCUGUCUUCAGCGUAUCUGGCGGUGGAAUUUGUGGAUUCAUUUCUGCCAGAAAAUCCACUGCAGGAACCUCUGAAGCACGCAUGGAACCACAUGCUGCAGAACUAUAGCAAAUUCCAGAUCGCCACCUGGGGCUCGCUCAUCGUCCACGAACUGAUCUAUUUCCUGUUCUGUCUGCCUGGAUUUAUCUUUCAGUUCCUCCCUUUCAUGCAGAAGUAUAAGAUCCAACCAGAUAAACCAGAGACAUGGGAGAAACAGUGGAAGUGCUUUAAGAUGCUGCUGUUUAAUCACUUCUGUAUCCAGCUACCACUCAUCUGCGGGACGUAUUACUUUACUGAGUUCUUCAGCAUUUCUUAUGACUGGGACUCCAUGCCUCGCUGGCCCUUUAUAUUGGCCCAGUGUUUUGGUUGUGCAGUAAUUGAAGACACAUGGCAUUACUUCCUCCACCGAGCCCUACAUCAUCGCAGAAUCUACAAAUACAUUCAUAAAGUCCAUCAUGACUUCACUGCUCCAUUUGGCAUGCAGGCAGAAUAUGCCCACCCUGCUGAGACUCUGAUUCUGGGGGCUGGAUUCUUCAUCGGCAUCAUGGUCUUCUGCAAUCAUAUGGUUUUGCUCUGGGCUUGGGUCGCUUUCCGGCUUCUUGAAACCAUUGAUGUUCACAGUGGUUACGACAUUCCUCUGAACCCCUUACAUUUGAUUCCAUUCUACGCUGGAGCUCGUUUCCAUGACUUCCACCACAUGAAUUUUGUGGGCAACUAUGGCUCUACAUUCACCUGGUGGGACAGACUUUUCAACACCGACUCCCAGUAUAAGAAACAUUACUCGCUUCAUAAAGCUGUGAAGAGCGACUGAUUGACAGAGAUACACUCAAUCGCAUACACUGAUGCUUCACCAUCAGCCAGAGCAAUCUAUCUCUCUUGGACUCCUGUGUGGGCUUUGGUUGGUCUGAUGCUUUUGCAUUGCCUCCUGCUGCACACACUCACUGUAAAGUAUUUAAAAUCGGACUGAAUGGAUUCAAAUCAAUGCCAGCUUCUGACAGCAAUGU